AUGCCCAGUCUCUCCCCAGAGCUGGAUGCCCAGUCUCUCCCCAGAGCUGGAUGCCCAGUCUCUCCCCAGAGCUGGAUGCCCAGUCUCUCCCCAGAGCUGGAUGCCCAGUCUCUCCCCAGAGCUGGAUGCCCAGUCUCUCCCCAGAGCUGGAUGCCCAGUCUCUCCCCAGAGCUGGAUGCCCAGUCUCUCCCCAGAGCUGGAUGCCCAGUCUCUCCCCAGAGCUGGAUGCCCAGUCUCUCCCCAGAGCUGGAUGCCCAGUCUCUCCCCAGAGCUGGAUGCCCAGUCUCUCCCCAGAGCUGGAUGCCCAGUCUCUCCCCAGAGCUGGAUGCCCAGUCUCUCCCCAGAGCUGGAUGCCCAGUCUCUCCCCAGAGCUGGAUGCCCAGUCUCUCCCCAGAGCUGGAUGCCCAGUCUCUCCCCAGAGCUGGAUGCCCAGUCUCUCCCCAGAGCUGGAUGCCCAGUCUCUCCCCAGAGCUGGAUGCCCAGUCUCUCCCCAGAGCUGGAUGCCCAGUCUCUCCCCAGAGCUGGAUGCCCAGUCUCUCCCCAGAGCUGGAUGCCCAGUCUCUCCCCAGAGCUGGAUGCCCAGUCUCUCCCCAGAGCUGGAUGCCCAGUCUCUCCCCAGAGCUGGAUGCCCAGUCUCUCCCCAGAGCUGGAUGCCCAGUCUCUCCCCAGAGCUGGAUGCCCAGUCUCUCCCCAGAGCUGGAUGCCCAGUCUCUCCCCAGAGCUGGAUGCCCAGUCUCUCCCCAGAGCUGGAUGCCCAGUCUCUCCCCAGAGCUGGAUGCCCAGUCUCUCCCCAGAGCUGGAUGCCCAGUCUCUCCCCAGAGCUGGAUGCCCAGUCUCUCCCCAGAGCUGGAUGCCCAGUCUCUCCCCAGAGCUGGAUGCCCAGUCUCUCCCCAGAGCUGGAUGCCCAGUCUCUCCCCAGAGCUGGAUGCCCAGUCUCUCCCCAGAGCUGGAUGCCCAGUCUCUCCCCAGAGCUGGAUGCCCAGUCUCUCCCCAGAGCUGGAUGCCCAGUCUCUCCCCAGAGCUGGAUGCCCAGUCUCUCCCCAGAGCUGGAUGCCUGAGACACCACGAGCCGCUGUAACACUUGCCGUUGACAGAGAUUCGGGUUUCAAGCGCAAUAUAACAAUUGGCGGUAAAAACAGUAAACCCCUCGAGGACAGCUGUGAGCAGGCAGAGACAAGCCCGAGGCAGGCUACUAGGAGGUUAUCUUGA